CUCUCUGGCUGGCAAAUGCAGUGCCUAGCAGCAGUCAUCAAGGACGAACCAAACAUGAGUGGUGGAGGGGAACAGGUCGACAUUCUCCCGACCAACUACGUGGUCAAAGAUCGCUGGAAAGUGCUGAAGAAGAUCGGUGGAGGUGGCUUUGGGGAGAUCUACGAGGCAAUGGAUUUGCUGACCCGUGAGAAUGUGGCCUUGAAGGUGGAAUCAGCUCAGCAGCCCAAGCAAGUUCUCAAGAUGGAAGUGGCUGUCCUGAAAAAGCUGCAAGGGAAGGAUCAUGUUUGCAGAUUUAUUGGCUGUGGAAGAAAUGAAAAGUUUAAUUAUGUGGUCAUGCAGCUUCAGGGCCGAAAUCUUGCAGAUCUCAGAAGGAGUCAGCCUCGAGGGACUUUCACCCUGAGCACAACGCUGCGAUUGGGCAAACAGAUUCUGGAAUCAAUAGAAGCCAUUCACUCUGUGGGAUUCCUGCAUCGGGACAUCAAGCCUUCCAACUUUGCCAUGGGCCGGUUACCUUCAACGUACAGGAAGUGCUACAUGUUAGACUUUGGGUUGGCCCGCCAGUACACCAACACUACUGGGGAAGUUCGACCACCUCGCAACGUUGCCGGUUUCCGAGGAACCGUCCGCUAUGCCUCCGUGAAUGCACACAAAAACAGGGAGAUGGGCAGACACGAUGAUCUGUGGUCCCUCUUUUACAUGUUGGUGGAGUUUGCUGUUGGUCAGCUUCCAUGGAGAAAGAUCAAAGAUAAGGAGCAGGUUGGCAUGAUAAAAGAAAAGUAUGAACACCGAAUGCUGCUAAAACACAUGCCUUCAGAGUUCCACCUUUUCCUGGAUCACAUUGCAAGCCUAGACUACUUCACCAAGCCAGACUAUCAGCUAAUCAUGUCGGUUUUCGAGAACAGCAUGAAGGAAAGGGGCAUCACUGAAAAUGAAGCCUUUGACUGGGAGAAGGCUGGUACAGAUAUCUUGUUGUCCACUAGCACCUCAACUCCACCACAGCAGAACACCAGGCAAACAGCAGCCAUGUUUGGGGUGGUUAAUGUCACUCCGGUACCCGGGGACCUGCUCCGUGAGAACACCGAGGAUGUCCUGCAGGGGGAACAUUUGAGUGAUCAAGAGAAUGCUCCUCCCAUCCUGUCAGGUCGGCCAGUGGAAGGCCUUGGGCAGGCUCCAAACACGGCUUUCAACGAGGGUGAAGUUUGGGAAGAGACAGAUGUGAAUCGCAACAAACUCAGGAUCAGCAUCAGCAAAACUCAGUGCAUGGUGGAAGAGGAGCAGAGAAAUGGGGUGUGCCCCAGUUCCCCUGUCCGAGUGCCUCCGGAGUCCCCGACCGCACAAGUGCGCUCCCUCCGCUACCGCCGCGUCAACAGCCCCGAGUCAGAGCGGCUCUCCACAGCUGAUGGAAAAGCAGAUCCACAUGAACGAAGGUCUCGAAUGGACAUCCCUGGCUCUCCAUCCCGGCUCGUGUGCUCCUCGCAGCCAGCCCAGAUGCUGUCCAUCGACACGGGCCAGGCUGACCGGCAGGCCAGCGGCAGGAUGGACGUGUCGGCCUCCGUGGAACACGAAGCCCUCAGCAACGCCUUCCGCUCCGUGCCGCUGGCGGAGGAGGAGGACUUUGACAGCAAGGAGUGGGUUAUCAUUGAUAAGGAGACAGAGCUGAAGGACUUCCACCCCGGUGCUGAGCCAAGCACCUCUGGAACCACGGAUGAGGAGCCCGAGGAACUGAGGCCUAUUGAAGAUGGGGAAGAGAGAAGGCGCCUGGGGGCAGAUGCUGCAGUGAGGCCGAAGACUCAUGAUGGGCGAAGUCGGGGUAUGCUGCCUGUGACUGAGGAGGACAGUUCCCAUAGACAUGAAGGACCUUCUCAAACAGUGUCUGACAGUAGACACGAACAGCAGACAGGAAGUCCAGCCCACUCCCCCUUACAUUCAGCACCAGCCCUCCGACAAAGGAGACGAGAAUCUGAACCUACUGGUCCUCAGAGACAGGCAUACCUGCUGAAGUCAUUUGAAAUAAAUGGCCUGCCCAAGGCGGUCCCUUUAAGUUUGCCUUACCAAGACUUCAGAAAAGAUAUGUGCAACUACUGGGAAAAGCCUAAGUUAUCCCAGCGGAUAAAGAAAGUUGAUUUUUCAAAUAUUGUCUUGACUGCUCCUUGCAAACCUCUGGAACCUUAUCUGGAAAUGAAUGGAAAAGAGGAGGAGGAGGAAGAGGAGGAAGAAGAGGAGGAAGACUAUGAGGAGGAGGAAGAUGAGCAGGAUGAGGGGGAGGAGGAGGAGGAGGGCAAUGAGAUUGACAUGCACAGUGAUUCCAGCAGUGACCUGAGUCAGAAGAGCACGGAGCGCAGCCAGGAGUGCGCACCGUCCACGCUCCUGGCUGAUGACCAGAAGGGCUCCAAGGGUCGAGCAUCCACUGCUGAUGGGGACCUGGAGCUGGAGGAAGGCUCAAAAACAUUAGUGCUGUUUUCACCAGGUGAUCUGAAAAAAUCCCCAGUGGCUGCAGAGUUACCUCCAGAAGUCGAUCUGGGCACUCUUGCUGCCCUGACACCUCAGAGCGAGCGGCCGCAGCCCAUGGGGAGCCAGCUGGAUGUGUCUGAGCCAGGGACCCUGUCCUCAGUCCUUAAAUCAGAACCAAAGCCUCCUGUGGCAGUGGCUACAGCCUCCUCCCCGUUCACCAAAGUGGAGCGCACGUUUGUUCACAUCGCUGAGAAGACCCACCUAAACGUGAUGUCUUCCAGCGGGCAGCUGAUGCGACACGAGGAGCACGGGCCCCCGGGGCAGUUCGAGGAGGUCAUCGUCGAGGAGGAGCUGGAGGAUAACCUGGUGCUGGUGGAGAAUGGCAGCAUUCAUUCCGGGCUGGAAGGGGCAGAGACGGAGAGCUGCGCGCUGUCGGCCAAUCACAUGGAAACCACCUCAGAGACCGUGGGUGAGCAGCCGGCCCUUCCCAACGGCAUGCCAAAGCUUCCCGAGGAAAAGCCAGAGCCCUCUGGCAAAGCGGCGCUCUCGCUGGAUUUGGAAGAGCCUGCCAAGGUGGCUACAAGGGAGCCUGGCCUGGAGAAGGCAGCACCAGCGACAGAGCACCUGAAGCGAGCAGAGACCGUCCUCGAGACGCCACAGCCGGGCCCCAGGAGGCCGCUGGGCUCCCGGUACAGGAGUCGGAUACCCAUUUUGUUCUCUGAGGAGGACACUGGCUCAGACCUUUCAACUUCACUCUCGGCCAAAGAAAGGCUUUAUAAGAGGGCAAAGCAGCCCGACCUGGCUCGCCUGGUGAUGGAGAAGAGACAGAGCCGCCUCCUGCGGCUGGCCUCAGGUGCCUCCUCCUCGGCCUCCUCCAGCGACGAGCGGCGGCGAGCCUCCGAAACCCUGUCAGCCACCGGCUCCGAGGAGGACACCCACGACUCUGAUGACUCCAUCCCACGGAAGGGAGAGAGGAAGGCUGCGCUCCUGGGGAGAGAAGAGAGACCCAUAAGCACAAGGAGCAGAAUUCCUCGCCCCAUCGUGCCGGUGAAAACGCCGCUGGAGAGCUCUGUGGCUGCUGCGGUGGCAGGGCUGGGCAGCUCCCCACAGGAUGCAGCUGCUGCCUGCAGGCUUCAGACACAGAGACCAGCUGGCAGUGUCCCAUCCGAGGGCCGAACAACACAGGUACAAAGUCGGCUUCCUUCGUCACCGAGCUCCACUUCUCUUCCUCCACGGAGCAGCUCUCAGAGGUCCAGUGGUGCAUCCCCUCGGAGCCCCAUCCUUCCUUCCAGGAACCCCAGUACUUCCCCCAGAAGCCAGCUGCUGCCUCGGAGGGAAAGUCCUUCUCCCUGCCGACAGCACAAACCAGGGACUGCUCCUCAGCGAGUUCCUCCUUCCCCCCGACCUCAGCCCUCAGCUCAGGCCCCGGGGCCUACAGGAGAUUCCCUGCCAUCUCCUGGCGUGGCCAAAAAACGACAAAGAGGAAAAACCCAGACUCAAAGUCCAGCAACCAAAGGAAAGCAGGUGUCCCUGGAAAGUAAGGCAGCUGCCAGAUAA